UCUCUUUCCCUACUGGAACCCUGUGGGGAGAAGAUGGGCUUUGCGGCCAUUGGCUCUUCUUCUUCUUCUCUUCGCGCUCUCUCCCUCUCAAAUCCUUCGCAGCGUUUAAAGGGUGCUGGAGAGGUGCAGAACCACCAACCAGCGAAGCUGACCCUUCCCUGCUCUCAUAAAUGGCGGAUGGUUAUAGCCUACGACGGCACCAAGUUCUCAGGCUGGCAGUAUCAGCAGUUUCCUCCAACCAUACAGUAUCUUAUUGAGAAUGCAUUAAUACGCAUCACAAAGCUAGACCGUAAGGAACUUCGGUUGGUUGGUGCAAGCAGGACAGAUACUGGUGUUCAUGCCUGGGGUCAGGUUGCACACUUUGUCACACCUUUCACCUAUGAUAGUUUGCAAAGUCUUCAUGCUGCAAUGAACGGGCUUCUUCCCCCUGAAAUCCGAGUGAGGGAAAUUAGUCCUGCACUUCCCGAAUUUCAUGCCCGUUUCUCCACAAAGAGCAAGACUUAUCACUACAAGAUAUAUAAUAAUCCAAUUAUGGAUCCUUUUCUGUCUCUUUAUGCCUACCAUAGUGCUCAUAAACUCAAUCCUGCCGCCAUGAGGGAGGCUGCUGCAUAUUUUGUUGGAAAGCAUGACUUUUCAUCUUUUGCAAAUGCAUCACACAAUGACCGCCUUCCGGAUCAUGUGAAAGAAAUAUUUCGUUUUGACAUUAAUGAAAUGGGUGCUGUUUUGCAACUUGAGGUUGAAGGCACUGGUUUCUUAUACAGACAAGUGAGAAACAUGGUAGCUUUGCUACUUCAAAUUGGAAGGGAAGCAUUGCCUCCCAAUGUUGUUCCAAAGAUCCUAGCUGCUCAGGAUCGUAGAGAGCUUGCAAAGUUUGCAUUAUCAGCUCCACCUCAUGGAUUAUGUCUCAUGUCUGUCAAUUAUGAUCAUGAUAUUCUAAAACCUCCUGAAGUUGGCCCAGAUAUCAGUUUUGGCAGGACUCAUCAAGUGAGUAAAUGGAUGUUGUAGCUCAUGAGCAAACAAGUGUUCCGGAGGUUCCAAGAAAUUAUUGCAUGCACUAGGUGCAAGUGAACCAGGGCAAAUCCUGGAGCAUAUGCACGGUGGAGGGCGUGCAAUCGGGAAUUGGUGAAAUACAAGGGCUAGCGUGGCAUGUUAUCCAUCAUGGGAUUUGAUGCGGUCCAAUUGCACUUGGUGCAUGCAAUGCGGAGGCAUUCCGAAGGCAUCCCACCUAGCUUUCUCUCAUCAGAAUGGUGCAGCAUUAGCAGGAUGUGCUGGUACCUGCAGGAUGUGAAUUGUUGCUUUUUGUAUUAAUGUCAUUUACCUUUUGCCUUUUGCCUAAUAACCAAGGCCUUAACUUGUUACCAUGUAAUCUAGAAGUAUAUUAUGUUAUGUGCUAGAUUUCUACCAGCAUCUUACUCGAGGUUCCAAUAUGUUCUCUUGUUCCCUAGAAAUUCCUAAUAGAAGCUUGAUUUU